AUGACAAAGACGGUCGGCCUCAUUGGGGGGUUUUCGUGGCAAACGAUGGCCAUCUACUACCAGGAAAUCAACGAAUACGUGAACUCCAAGUUGGGCGGCAUCCAUUCUGCAAAUCUCCUCAUCAGGUCCAUCGACUACUCUGACCUUGCUUCCAUGGUCAGCGCAAAGGACUUGGGUGGCAUGACGGCGAUGCUCUGCGCGUGCGGCCAACAACUAAAAGCGGCCAACGCACAAGCCUUGUCCACCGGUCUGCCGGUGUUGCAUAUCUGUGACUUUACCGCCCGGCAGAUUGUGGACAAGGGGCACAGAAGGGUUGGGCUCCUGGCCACCCGGGCGGUCAUGGAAGAGGAUUUCUACAAGGACCGACUCCGAGGCUUUGGGCUCGAGGUCUACGUUCCAGAUGAGGACUUUAGAUCCGACGCCGACCGGAUGAUAUUCUGCGAAAUGAGCAAGGAGCAGAUUUCCCAAGGCGUCAAGACUACGUGGCACACAGCAUAUCAGGAUCUCGUGCAAGAUCACAAUGUUGACUGCAUAAUCUUGGGAUGUACUGAGCUGCGCCUCGUCUUUGGUCAGGAAGAUCUGACAGCUCCAACUUUUGAGACCACGACGAUACAUGCAAGAGGCAUUGCCGACUGGGCACUUGCUGAAAGCACUGUAUUUACUUAG